UAUUUGAUCACAUUACAUAGUGUAUUUAUAUACACUGUAUUUUGCAAUAGAAUUAAAAUAUGCACAAUAUAUAGAAUUUUUGUUAUACAGUUUUCAGUAUUGCUUCUUCUAAUAUUUGUCCUGGAACUUGUUGCUGGCAUUUCUGGAUAUUUGAUGCAACGAGAAGUUCGACAAAUGGUAGAAAAUAGGAUGAAUAUCACUAUGAAGGAUUAUUCAACUGAUAUAACUACUAAUAAAUCUUGGGAUAUUAUGCAACAUGAUCUGCAGUGUUGCGGAAUGAAUGGUGCAAGUGAUUGGGCUUCUGCUGGAUUCUCUGAUAAUACUAUACCAAAUUCCUGCUGUAGGGAAGUACCAGUAGGAAGUAAAUGUGACAUAAAUUCAAUUUACAUAUAUGAAGGAGGAUGUAUGCAGAGUCUUCAAUCUGCUAUUGAGUAUUACUCAUUGAUUUUGGGUGGUGUAGGCAUUGGCAUUGCUAUUAUUCAGGUAUGAAGAUGUAAAUUUCUU